AUGCUUACCGGACUAUCGGGCUUAAUUAUCGUCGAGAUGGUAUUUGUUGCUACAUCCUGGGUGUCCACCCCGCGUCUAUAUAAUUGGACCGAGGGAUUGUUGUCAAACUUCAGGGGUCUUCUGCCAUCUGCCUGUCGCAGGCAACGAACCUCUCCAAUCUUGAAAAGAUAUGAGCGAGUUGCGCCUGAGGACUGGGAUGAGGAUCGAAGUACUGCUCAGUUGGGCCCGGGAUCGCGGGAAGCGGAAGCAACCCAAGCAAAUGUAACAAAUGAAGCUUCGCGUUCUCGUUGGUUGCGAGUCGCUGUUCUCACAUUCACUGGCUUGGUGGUCAUUUUGCGCUGCAUUCGCCCUUCUAAUUCUGCCUAUCACUUCCUAUCCGAGACUGUCAUUGUCACACCGUUCGACAAAGACCAAUCUCGCGCGCCAUCAUCAUUUGAUCUACUUGAAUUGACCGGCGCUUACAGUUGGUUGGGCAAUCACACGGCUCUGGCAGCACCGCCUCCGUUUGAGUGGCUGCCACACGAUAAACUGGCCGGGUUCAGUGACUGGUAUGAAAAUGUCAAUCACACUACUACACGCGUGCAUUAUGAUCCAGGACAGGAUCCCCUUCAUAUCUCAAACCUGGAAAAUGAAGUCCUCGAGUCUCUCCGCGAGUCCCUACAAAGUGGCCGCGUCAAGAUCAAGCAUGUCUUGCUUCUCAAGCUAGAAAGCACCCGUGCAGAUGUCUUUCCACUCCGCAAGGAUUCUUACUUUGGGGAUACGAUUCGCAAAUCGUUUCAAAAUGGCCAUCUCCCUGCGGAGGUGGAAGAAAGACUGGCAAAUCUAACACCCACCGCAGAGAGACUGACAGCUACUUCUUCCGGGUUUAAUGGAAAUAAGAAUGUAACUGAGCCUUACGGAGGAUUCCAUGCUACCAACGCUUAUACGGGCGGUACCUUUACCCUGAAGAGUAUCCUGGCGACGGUGUGCGGUAUCUCUCCCUUGGUCGUGGACUUCAAUCGCGAAUACCUGCACCACCUCUACCAACCAUGCAUGCCACACAUCCUGGAGGCACUAAACUCUCAGGCCAACCAGACCAGGACGGAAAACUACACCUCUUGGCCCUGGCGAUCAAUAUGGAUGCAGGCCAUCACAGAUGGCUACGACAACCAAAACCUUCUUACGCCCACGCUGGGCUUCAAGCACAUAGUAACCGACAUCAACAUUGCCGAGGACCGUGCGAAGCAGGGUGGCCGUCAACCAGAGAAGUUCAAUUUCUGGGGAUACCCUGAAACAGAGCUCGCGGAUUACUAUCGCAAUGCAAUCAAAUCAGCAGAGAAGCAGAAGGAACGACUAUUCAUCUCACACUUGACGGGCAUUACGCAUCAACCUUGGGAUGCACCGAAGGGCCAGGAGUAUGAGGAAAUGAUUAGCCACGGCUGGGUGGGAAGGAACAACAAGGUCAACCAUUACCUCAAUACGCUUGGCGUUGUCGAUAAAUGGCUCGCCGAGUUGUUGAACAUCCUGGAGGAAACGGGUGUUGCCAAUGAGACCCUGGUCGUGAUGGUGGGAGAUCAUGGUGUUUCACUCCCUGAGAACAGCGGUGUCACUCCAUACCUCAACCCUCAUACCGCCAGCUUCCACGUCCCUCUUGUCUUUGCGCACCCCCAACUACCACCUAUCGAGAUCGACUCUCGAGUGGCUUCAAUCCAAAUUCUCCCCACAAUUCUUGAUAUUCUAUCGGAAUCUGGGUCCCUCAACGAACCAUCACUCUCUGUUAUCAAAGAUCUUCUCCCUAUGUACGAAGGGCAAUCUAUGAUCCGACCCACAUUUGCAGAAAAAGAUGGAAAGCAAAACUGGCAGUUCUCAGUCAUGAAUACUGGAGGAACAUGGCUUGCCCUGCGAUCCGCUGCGAAGCCUUACCGCCUCAUCAUUCCCGUCAUUCCUGACCUUGAGUGGCGGUUCACGGAUGUAGAGACCGACCCCCACGAACUUCACGGACUCCAGGAUUUUGAUCUUGAGAAUUUGAUAAACCUGGUCUUGCCUCAGCACGGAGAAGAUGCGGUGCAGUGGAUCAGGGACGCGUCCCAUGUGGCGAAGUGGUGGGUUCAGGAAAAUUGGCGGCGCUAUGAGUAUGUGCCAUGA